UAAUGACUAAUUACAUGGAUCCUGAAGAAGAUUAAGAAAUUAUUGAUUCUAUUCUGAAUGGUACCAUUUAGUUAAUAGAAUUUUAGCUCUUGAAAGUGAUGAAGAGAGAUCCUUUUCACCAUCAAUGACAAGAUCUGAAACGAACAGGACUUAUUCUCCUCAAAUAAUACGAUAGUAACAUUAAUUACAGUAAUCUACUUUCAGCUAAAUAGAUAUUCAUUAAAGAAAAUAUAAAGUCCCAUUAUUGGAUUUAAACUAGAUUGUUGGGCAAUACAACCAUUUUCUUUGGAUGAGGAUUCUUACCUUGAUGGAGAUUUAGUAUUAAAUUUAUAUAAAAUAGAUUCUUAAAUGCAAAGACCAAUAAAAUAGUAGAAAAAUAUAGAGCUUAUUUGAAAAAGGAGAUGACGAAUAAAAAGAAUACAUUUUUUUAAAAAUAUUACCAGGUAUAGUUCAACUGGCCAAUGAUAUUUUUGGAAAUUAUGUUGUCUAAAGAAUUUUAGAAUAAGGCAAUGAAAAAUAAAGAGAUUUAAUCUUUGAUCAACUAUCUUAAUCUAUUUUGAUAUUAAGUUACAACACUUAUGGAUGUAGAGUGGCUUAGAAAUUAUUAGAAAUUUCUUAUAAUACUGAUAAAUUCGAAUAGAUGUUUUCUAUUCUUUAAACUUAAAUAAGAAAUCUCGUUGUAGAUAUCAAUGGAAAUCAUGUAAUUUAAAAAAUAGCUGAAUUGAUGAAAUCAUAGAAAAUUGAUUGGCUUAUUGAAGGAGUUCUGGGAUAGAUAUAAAAGUUAUCAAAUGACUCUCAUGGUUGCAGAUUGAUUUAAUAAAUCUUAGAAUAAUCUGCUAUGCCAUAGGUAUUUUUUUUGUUCUAUAUUAACAUAUUAGUUAAAUAGCAUAUACAAAGAAUUAUUGGUUUUAUAAGAUGAAUUAUGUUUAUCACAAUAUGGAAAUUAUAUAAUUUAAAUUUUGCUGUAAAGAGGACCUUUUGAAAUUGUCCAAAAGAUACAAAGUAGCAUAAUUAAAAAUUUAGAAAAACUUAGUUGUGACAAGUUUGGAAGGUAAUUAUGAAUGUCAUCAAAUAGUAAUGUAGUUGAUAAAAGUGUCAAUAUCUCCUCUUUUAUGAGGAAAGAGAUCCUUAAAGUGUUUAUAAACAAUAUGAAUGUUUUCUAUAGGUUAUCUAAUAAUUGUUAUGGAAAUUAUGUCAUCUAGAAUUUUUGUAAAUAGCUUGAUUAUAACUAACUAUUAAAAAUACAUCCAGAUGGUAAUUAACUCAAUACUUAAUUUGGUUAACAUGUACUAUAAACCUUAUAAAAAUUGAAAAUUUGAUUU